GGGAACUGAAAAAAAAUCUAAAAAUUGGCGGCUCCCAAACGAAAAUUUCCCCCAAUAUCCCGCUACAAAAUUUGGCAUGAAAUUUAAAAACCCACCCUUUUUCCAAAUCCAGCCCGCUCUCAAUAAAUUACACCAAGAUCCAAUCUUUAGCCUCCCCAAAAUUUGCGAUCUAGGGUUUGAUUGAAUGGGGUCCGAAGUUGCUGAAGUCGAGAAAGAGAGCCCUAAUUCCCAUGGAGAGGAUCAGGAGGAGGAGCAAGAGGAGGUGACGCCGCCUGAAGAGGAGAAAAGAGGAGCGAAGAGAGAGUCGCCGGAGAAAAAAGAGGAGGAGGAGGAGGAGGAGGGAUCCAGGAAGAGGCCGGCGAGGGAGAGGAAGACGGUGGAGAGGUACUCUGCGGUCUCGCCGAGGAAGCUCUCGGCGUCGAAAGCGCUCAAGAUCGAGGAGGGUUCUGGAACUAAAUUGAGGGAUAUCCCGAAUGUGGCGUUCAAGCUAUCAAAAAGAAAGGGUGAUGAGAAUUUGCAAGUUCUUCAUACAAUUCUUUUUGGAAGAAAAUCAAAUGCACAUUAUUUGAAAAGGAAUAUCCUCCAGUUCUCUGGGUUUGUUUGGACUGAAAACAAGGAAAAAAAUAAGGCAAAAGUGAAGGAAAAGCUUGAUAAGCAUACCAAAGACAAGUUGAUUGAUUUCUGUGAGCUGCUUGAUAUCCAUUUUCCAAGAACUAGUACCAAGAAGGAGGAUGUCUCUGCAAAGUUACUUGAGUUUCUAGAGUCCCCACAUGUCACCAGAGAUUUGAUACUUGCUGACAAAGAAAAGAAGGGUCAAAAGCGCCGGAGAAGAACAAAAGCUAGUCGAGAAGCAACUGAAGAUGCAUCUUCGAACAAAGAAUCCAAGAAACAUAAAAAGAGCACCGAGAAUGAAAAUAAAAAGGGACGGAAGCAGUCUUCUGAAGUUGCGGAGGAAGAUAAAGAUGAAGAUUCUGACGGUUCAGAUGACGUGAAAAACACAUCCUCUGAUGAGGAAGAUAAGAAUGGAUUGGAUGAAAGUGAUGAUAAUAAGCUCGAAGAAGAAGAAGAGCAUCCAUCAGAGGAACCUCAGCUGAGCAUUAAAGAAUCUGAUAAGACCGAGCCAGAGGAUGCUGCUGAGCCCAAAGACAAAGGAAGGACUUCAAAAAUCAAUAGAGCCUCUUCUGUAAAAUCUGGUAAGAGCCCUUCGAAACCUGUUUCAAAGAAGGCUGCUCAGCCGGCAGAAGAUGAACCGGAUGUGGCUGUAGAUAAGAAAAAUGGUUCUGUAAAAGAGCAGAAAAAGAAGAGUUCAAAGGAUGCAACAAAGGAGAAGGCUGCUGCCAUAAAAAAGGAGGAUAAAAAGAAGUCUUCAGGGAUGAGUGAUUCUGUAGAUAGUAGUAAUUCAGGCCCAUCUAAACCUUCCAAAUCCAAAAGGGAAGAUGAAAAGAAAAGCCAGAAGAAAGAGAAGGCACUACCAGGGGGCAAAAAGACAAAGAAGAAUAAAGAAGCUAAACCUGUGCCGAAGGUUUCGACCAAGGAACAAGGAAAAGGCAAGAAAAAGGCGGGGCCUAGCACAGAAGAGUUGCAUUCUGUGGUCACCAGUAUACUUAAAGAAGUGGAUUUCAACACUGCAACCUUGGCUGAUAUUCUUAAGCAGUUAGGGGCUCACUUUAACACUGACCUAAUGGAUAGAAAGGCUGAAGUGAAGAACAUAAUCGAAGAAGUUAUAAACAACAUGACAGAUGAUGAAGAUGACGGGGAUGAGGAUGAUGAAAACGCGAAGGAAGAGUCUGACGGGGACGGCAAAGAGUAGAUUUUGAUGAUUAUGGCCUUAAAUCUUUGCAAGUCUCAUACUCAUGGUAAUGCUCAAGUCACGGUGGUGAUCAUUUGCAUAUGAUGAUGGUCUUGCCGCAGGCUUAUUGUACCAAAUCUUUCCUCUUCCUUUUUGUUUUUAAGUCAAGUCUGUCUGUACAAUAGUUUUUCUUUCUCCUAUUUAGAGGGUUUCUUUGAUCUUUAAAUUGUAGUAUGGAAUAUUUAUCUUCAGUUUUUCUGUGUGCAUGUACAACAAAAUGUUCAAUGCUGUAGUUCUUCUAUGUUUCAACUUUUCAUGAGACUUGCUUUUCUA